AUGGCUGGUCGUUAUGAUCCUAACCCUUUUGAUGAAGAAGAAGUUAACCCUUUCUCUGACCCAGGCGUGAGAUCGAAAGCAUCGGGGCAGCCAAAGUAUGGUGGCAGUGCAUUUAACACAACAAGUGUUCCUCCUGCUUCAAACUCGAGGCUUUCGCCACUCCCUCCUGAACCUGCUGACUUUUACAAUUAUGGUACCACAGUUGACAUUCCGAUCGAUGCAGCAACGGAUUUAAGGAAGAAAGAGAAGGAACUUCAGGCUAGGGAGUCUGAACUGAGAAGGCGGGAGCAGGAGGUAAAGAGGAAAGAAGAUGCAGCUGCAAGAGCUGGAAUUGUCCUCGAAGAGAAAAAUUGGCCAUCAUUUUUUCCAAUUAUCCAUCAUGAUAUUGCAAAUGAAAUACCAGUUCAUCUACAGAAACUUCAGUAUGUUGCAUUUACAACCUUUUUAGGGGUGGCUUUUUGUCUUUUCUGGAAUGUCAUAGCUGUUACAACAGCAUGGAUCAAAGGGGGAGGGGUGAAAAUCUGGUUUCUUGCUAUUAUCUACUUCAUAGCAGGAGUUCCUGGAGCUUAUGUUUUGUGGUAUCGUCCACUCUAUCGUGCAUUUAGGACUGAGAGUGCUAUGAGUGGUAUCCUCGCUGCAAUUGAUGUUGUGGGUGACAAUGCUUUAGCUGGGCAAGUAUACAUGUACUUCCGUGGAAGUGGUAAAGCUGCCGAGAUGAAGCGUGAAGCUGCAAGAGGAGCAUUGAGGGCAGCAGCUUGA